AAAAGGUACAUGUACAUCUAUUCCAUAGUGCACCUUCCCUGUACAUUUCUUCUACUGUUGUAGACAUUUUAAUGGCUGCUAUUCAUUGUCAAAGCAGGACUACCGAUUUAGAGGCAUGAUAAACCAGUUACAUUGAAAUCGGUCGACGACAAGGGUCUUGACAGUAUGUCCACGUGACGCGUCCUGUGAUAUAUAAGUACCGGUAUUAGUGGCCUUUAAUAACCUUGCUAAGACAGAUCGAGCGUUUACGAAGAGAGGGUUGAGGGAAGUUGUCAAACACUACUCCGCAUCUGUUGCCUACUUGUAGCCUAGAGCAAACUGAUCCUGUAUUGUUGUACAUAAUGUACUAGUAUAUGUACUUGAGACUGGAAGGCAAUCAACGUCCUGUUUCAACAGGGCUGCGACCCAUUCACGACCACGGCAAUCACGAAUACAACUAAGUGUCAGAGUUAACGUGACUCGAAAGGAGAGGUUACAAUGGCAGCACAAACAUUCCUUUCGCCUUCUGCCAAAAGGAUCCUUCGCCCUCUUGGAAACUUCGAGAAUGUGCUGGCCGCAAUGCAUGAGUGCAAGAACACAACAGUUGCCUUCACCUCGUGGAUAAACUCAAAACUCUUCCUCUCUGACGAUGUUUGGAGGACCUCACUUCAGCUGCUCCAGAAAAACAUCCCGCAUCUUCGUCUUAACAUAGUAUGGAGAGACGGCAAGAGGUAUUUCAAGUAUAUGGACGACCCCCAUGUGGAUUUUGGGAUCUUGGAUGUGACGUCAGACGACGACUGGAAGACGGUGCACGAGGAUAUGAUGCGCGUGCAAUUUCUAAAAGAAAAUGCCCCUCUUUGGAGGGUAAAGAUCUUGCGCAUGCCCAAACCAAGAGACGUCACCUACAAAGCGGACUUUAGCUCGUAUGCACUUAAUGGGUAUCCAACAGUAGUAGUGUUUGGCAUCCAUCACUCUAUUUUGGAUGGAACAUCUUAUGUAUUGAUGUUAAAGAAGCUACUUCAAUACCUCAACGCAGUUUCAAAAAACGACACCACAGAAAAUGACGAAGUCGUCACAUUCCAUCCGAGCACGGAGUCUCUCUUGCCCCAAGACCAGAUGGUAUUCAAGUGGACAGACUAUUUCCAAGUGAUAAAAGAAAAAAUACACAGCUUAUUUCCGUACCACAGCCCGUACUUGAAGCGUUUUCCGCCACCGCCAAAUUCAGACGAAGGAUAUACGAAGACAGUAGCUUUGGAAUUCACAAUUUCAGAGACGGAAAGGCUCAUAGCAAAGUGCAAGGAACACGAGACAACUGUUCAUGGUGCCUUGGUGGCUGCUGCGUCGAUUGCCCUUGUUAAUGCCAUUAAUGAAGGAGCUACGCCACGACCAGCAGAUGUCCCUACCUCCCAUGUUGUUAAUAUGCGACGUUUCAUGCCACCCGAAUUUCAAAAUGCGUUCGGUGCUUUUGUUGGUUUAACGUACUUAACGAUGAGUGUUCCUGCUGCUGCCACUUAUCAAUCAUUUUGGGAACUAGCCAAAAGCUCAAAGCAGACACUUCAUGCAAGUAUAAACAACGGAGAUGUGAUACAAGGUUGUAAAAUCCGCGGCCAUCUUUUACCAGACGAUAACAGUGUUAAAGGAUUGCUAGCAUCUGAUAUAUGUAAAUAUGAUAUAGGUACAUCAAACAUAGGAGACUGUGAUAAGCGUUGUCCUCCUGGUGAAGCAGACGAUAAUGUUCACGCCACGAGAAUCGUCACCUCCACCGCGAUGCAGAACUUGUCCAAACUGUUUUACCAUUACUUGCACAAAUUUCGUGGUCGCUUCUGCUACAAUCUUGACUAUGGAACCAACUGGGUGUGUGAAGUGAACGCCAUUAAGCACGCCGAAAUGACAGUGGAGCUGAUGAAAAUGGCAGCAGGGGAGGAGAAAUAUUGGAAAUAAUUAAGAAAAAAACUUGCGAAGUAUUUGUUUUGCGCUGUAGGUCAUUUUUGUUACAGAGGGCUUUAAAGAUUGAUAAAGUAGAGAAAAGGAGACUGAGGAAAAAGAGAAAAAAUAUUUACUCAAAAUGGACUGAUGGAAGCCCAUUAACAGU